GAUCAUAUUCCGAGAAUGGAUUGCUAAUGCCAAGAGAGGAAAACCAAUGAAUAGCAAUGCUAAGCUGAAGCUGAUCAUCAUCAUAGUCUGCAAUCAACCCUCCCAGGUCUCUCCUUUGCCAUUAAUGUCUCCUCUGUUCAAACAAAACACGCACAAAAAAGAAACAAACCAACGUUAAACAUUGUGAUCUCACCAAACAAACAGCUGCCCAUUGCUUUCUUCUACCUCUGCCAUUAAUGACUCAGAUUUCCCCUUUAAUCCCCUUGCUGAUGAAACAAUUGCCCAAAACCCGGAACGUUUCCCAGGCCUCCUUUUCCAUCUGUCUGAGCACGAGCAAUCCCCUCGACAAUGACUCUGCUAGAGUCCACAGUCCAUCAGUGUCUUCCAGUCCCUUGACCUGCAUAUAAAUUCAGCUCAGUUCUUCUACCCUCCUGCAACUCACUACCAGAAGCCUAGCGAGUGUCUUGGCUCCGGUUCAGUAGUCUCCCUUUCCCGGAUUUUCGCUUUCCUGAACCAUGAGAACUUUCUCGGGGCCUGCAUUGUUCUUCUCCUCCCUAAUAGUGUUCUGCAGUCAGGUAGUUGUUGCCGAGUAUGAGAAGGAUAAUGGCAUUAGAAUCCACCCCACCAUGCGAUCUGUCCCUGACCAGCUUCAUGGAUAUUGGCCACCAUCGCCUUCUUCGCCACCAUCUUAUGGGUUUCCACCACCACCACCUCUAGCGCCAGGGCGCCGUCCGCCCACUCACUGGCCGCCCCAUGCUCGGAGUCCACCACCAGCACACAGGCCUCCUAGACACUGGCCUCCAAAGCAUCGGCAUCCGAGGUCUCCACCUCCGACUUAUGAACAGCCACCUUCUCCAACACCAGCGUAUUUUCCUCCACCGCCAAAAUAUAGGCCGCCGGCACCAACUUAUCAGCCUCCCUCUUCACCGCCAGUAUACGUGCCGACCCCUCCGACUUCUCAGCCUCCUCCUUCACUGUCACCACCAUCUCCGUCUUCUCCACCUUCACCUUCUCCACCACCGGUUCACGGUACUCCCCCACCAACUUAUCAGCCCACACCUCCCAAUUACCAACCACCACCAUCUUAUGGGUUUCCACCACCGCCACCUCUAGUGCCAGGGCGCCGUCCGCCCACUCACUGGCCACCCCAUGCUCGGAGUCCACCACCAGCACACAGGCCUCCUAGACACCGGCCUCCAAAGAAUUGGCAUCCGAGGUCUCCACCUCCGACUUAUCAACGGCCACCUUCUCCAACACCAGCGUAUUUUCCUCCACCGCCAAAAUAUAGGCCGCCUGCACCAACUUAUCAGCCUCCCUCUUCACCGCCAGUAUACGUGCCGACCCCUCCGACUUCUCAGCCUCCUUCUUCACUGUCACCACCAUCUCCAUCUUGUCCACCUUCACCUUCUCCACCACCGGUUUACGGUACUCCCACACCAACUUAUCAGUCCACACCUCCCAAUUACCAACCACCACCAUCUUAUGGGUUUCCACCACCGCCACCUCUAGUGCCAGGGCACCGUCCGCCCACUCACUGGCCACCCCAUGCUCGGAGUCCACCACCAGCACACAGGCCUCCUAGACACCGGCCUCCAAAGCAUCGGCAUCCGAGGUCUCCACCUCCGACUUAUCAACAGCCACCUUCUCCAACACCAGCGUAUUUUCCUCCACCGCCAAAAUAUAGUCCGCCGGCACCAACUUAUCAGCCUCCCUCUUCACCGCCAGUAUACGUGCCGACCCCUCCGACUUCUCAGCCUCCUCCUUCACUGUCACCACCAUCUCUGUCUUCUCCACCUUCACCUUCUCCACCACCGGUUCACGGUACUCCCCCACUAAAUUAUCAGCCCACACCUCCCAAAUACCAACCACCACCUUCUCUGCCACCGCCAGUUUAUGAUCCUCCACCACCGAAGUACAGCCCACUACCUCCAAGUCCCGCUCCAUCUUCACCUCCACAACCUAUUAGCCCACCUCAACCGGUCUAUAGUCCUCCACCCACUUAUCAACCUCCACCGUCUUCACCCCCACCUCCUCCAUCUUACCAGCCUCCAUCUUCUCCACCACCGAUUUACGAUUGUCCCCCGCCAAGUUAUCAACCUCCACCUUCUUCAUCACCACCAGUAUACUGUCCUUGGCCUCCCAAAUAUCAACCACCACCUUCUCCGCAACCAUCAGUCUAUAGUCCUCCACCAAUAUAUAGUCCAUCACCUCCAAGUCCCCCUCUACCUUCACCACCGCCACCUAUUUAUAGCCUAAUUCCAUCUCCACCGGCUUAUAGUCGUUCUCCACCCACUUAUCAGCCUCCAACAUGUUCACCAUCGACUCACAGUCCACCUUCACCACUCUACACUUCUCCUCCACCCACUUAUCAGCCUCCAACGUCUUCACCACCACUGGCAACUUGCAGUCCACCUCUACCGGUCUACAAUCCUCCACCCAUUUAUCAGCCUCCAUCAUCUUCACCACCACCGACUUAUGGUCCACCCACACCGGUCUACAGUCCUCCUCCACGCACUUAUCAACCUCCACAGUCCACACGACCAACACCACCGACCUACAGUGCACCUCCUCCAGUCUAUAGUCCUCUUCCACCCACUUAUCAGCCUCCACCGUCUUCACCAUCUCCACCACCAACUUACAGUCCACCCCAACCACCCUAUAGCCCUCCCCCUCCAACUUAUCAGCCCUCACCUUCAUCGCCUAGUCCACCAACUUAUAGUCCACCUCAACCGGUCUAUACCCCUCCUCCUCCAACUUAUCAGCCAUCACCCACACCGACUUACAGUCCACCUCCACCAGUAUAUGGCCCUCCCGCUCCAACUUUAUCAACCUCCAUGUCCAUCACCACCACAUUGUCGCCAUCAUCGUCCUCCUUCUCCACCAAGACACCAAAGACCACCAGUCCAUAGGCCUCCAGCUCCACAUCGCCGCCCCCCUCGUGCUUCCCCAACCUAUCAACCACCACCCAUUCAAACAUCUGCUCCAUCACCAACAUACAACCCCCAGCCUAGCCCUCCCCCACAGUAUGGGUAUCCUCCGUCGCAAUACAGUAUUGAAGUUUAGUCGAUAAUGUUUAGUUUAUAUAUAUAAAUAUACAUAUAUAUGUGAACUAAGCUAAUGGUCACUGAUGAGUCCUACUCAUCACCUCUAUCAGACUUGUUUGUAUGAUCCGUGUUUGGUUCUACCAUGUUCCCCUGUUUUCUAUAGUUUAACCAUGCCUUUCAUAUAGUUGUGUUUAUUAUAUCUAUUGCCAGUUUUAUCAAAUGAAGUAUGUCAUAAUA